AAAACAAAUAAUCUCAAACGUUAAUCCCGAUCAAAACAAAAAACACCACAAGGCACGGGCUGAUGAACUAACCGGCUAUCCCGCCUGCUGAGAUUGACCCGCUGCAAAUGCAAUCGUAGGGGUGGACUGUCAAAUUGACGUUAAAGAAGCAGAUGGAUUUAUGGUUAUUGUCACCUAUCCAACCAAAACAGAGGAGAAGAAGAAGAAGAUAAUAACAAUCAUACAGUAUAGUCAAUCACAAUAUUCUCAAUCAAGCAUACUCAGUAACAAGAAUGGAUAUCGCGAGCAUCAAACAACCACCGAUAUGCCCUCCAACGUUGGAAUGCUGCCGAUGCUGUCUGGUAGAGUUGGGUGAAAUGUGCUCCGUGUUCUUGAUUGUGGAUGAUUUUGAGGACAAAAUAAGUGAUAUGCUGAGAAAAUGCACCGGUAUUUCAGUCACACCUGGUGAUGCCUUCUCGAAGAACAUCUGCAGAAAUUGUUUGGAUGAUCUGAUUUGCGCUGAAUAUUUUAGAAAGCGUUGUCGGAAUUCCGAUGAGUUUUUAAGCAGUCAGCUGGAAGUCGUAGCUUCGGAGAAAGCUAUCACAUUUCAACAGAUUUGUCCUGAACAGCAACUAAAUGAUAAUCUUGGCGAUGUGCAGGAAACUGAGAAUCAGUUGGAAUAUUCGGAUCAUGACCAAAAGAUAGCUUUUCUCGAGAGCGAUCCACUCAACUUACGGAAAACAUCUGAGCAUAAGAGCGAUGCUGCCGUGUUCAAUCGGAACGAUGAACAAAAGUACAAAGAUGAAAUUGACGAUGGUGAACUUCCAAGGGUUGAGGCGUGCAACGUUAGUAUCAACACUGGCGAGGCACUUUACAUAUGUGACAUCUGCGGCAAAACAUAUAUCCGGGAACGUAAUCUAAAGGAUCACAAACGCAUACACACCGAGGAUCGGCCGUACAAGUGUGAAAUAUGUGGACAAGGUUUUUCCAGCUCUUCGCAUCUCUACCAACACAGGAAAACCCACAACGGUUCGAAACUCGCUUGGACAUGCGAAAUCUGUGGUAAGCAAUUUUUCAACUGGGAUAGCGUGGCAUCGCAUAGAAAAAGCCAUAACAGGAAAAAACGCAUAGCUUCGGUUGAAUGUGACAUAUGUGGCAAAAAAUGCUUUGAUAACUAUGAUCUCAAGUGUCACGUGCGCACCCACACGGGUGAACGACCGUUCAAGUGUGACCUAUGUGGCAAAGGAUUCUCCAGAUCCUACAUUCUGGCGGAGCACAUCCGUACCCAUACGGGAGAAAAGCCAUUCGGAUGUGACCUAUGUGAUAAGCGGUUCGCGCGAAGUGGCGCUCUGAAUAUGCACAAACGUGUUCAUGAACUGGUACUGGCUACCGAAACAUGUGAAAGAUUGGAAAACAAUGAUGAACCCGGGGAAAAGGAAUCGAUUCGUGCGACUGAAUAUCAAUCCCUAACCGGACAUGAUGAUAUGGAAAUGAUUGCUUUUAAGGAAGAAAUAUGCGUCUCUGAUAGUGAACUCAUGCCCGCCCUGAAUGAACCCUUUGCCGCAUAUCUCACAAAUGUGCGGCCGCUCGCUCGUGUGAAUACGUACAUGUUGUGUCAGCUGGCUCUUCUCGAUAAACGCUUUGCCGCAUACCUUGCAAACGUGGGGUUUCUCUCCGGUAUGGAUACGCCUAUGCAACAUCAGAUAGCUAUUGCUGCGGAAUUGCUUACCGCAGAAAUCACAUUUGUGUGGCCGUUCGUCCGUGUGGUUACGCUUAUGUCGCAUCAAUGCAGUGUUGUCCGAAAAGCCUCUUCCGCAGAGCUCACAUUUGUGCUGCUGACCGUCGGUAUGUUUUCGCCGAUGCUGUGUGAGAUGACUACUUCGAAGGAACUGUUUACUGCAGAGAUCACAUUUAUAUGGGCGUUCACCGGUCCCAGAUUUAAACUAUUAAAGUAUGCGAUAAAAGGAUUGGUUAUCCCACUCAUCCUAGUAGAGCAUAAAAUCAUAGCUAUGGAAACAUUGCUUGAUGUCAAAGAUGAAAACAGCAGGAGUGAGUCCUUUCGUGAGCAACACCGGCCCGAUUUACCGGACUUUGUGUCACACGGACACUUUCUCGACCGUUUCUCAUGCGAUGCUUGUAUCAACGGGUUGAACUGUAAGGACCAUCCAGUCGGAGAGGAACAUGAUACCGAAGUAUACGAUACGAGCAAAUGUCCAAAGGAACCCCUCGUUCAAAGAAAGAAAAAAAAGUUCAGCUGUGAUUUGUGCGACAAAAAGUUUACAGAAAACCGCUCUCUAAUAAUUCAUAUGCGCAAUCACACCGGAGAACGACCAUUUUCCUGUGAUGUUUGUGGCAAAGCGUAUACCAAUGGCAAGGGCCUCAAGCGACACCGUGUAACCCACACCGAAGAACGAUCACAGAGAUGUGAAAUAAAACAAUCGUUCACCUGCGAAUUGUGUGACAAAGAGUUCACAGAAAACCGCUCUUUAGUUGAUCACCUACGUAUCCACAACGGCGAACGACCUUUUACGUGCGACGUUUGUGGUAAAGCGUUUACUAAUGGCAAAGGCCUUCGACGGCAUCGAUUAAUACACACCGACCAACGUCCCUAUAAAUGUGAGCUUUGUGGCAAAGGAUUCAUCGAAAAAAAUCCAUUUCGCAGUCACAUGCGUGUUCACGCCGGUGAAAAGUCGCAUCAGUGUACGGUUUGCAGCAAGGAAUACUUUUCCAUAGCUGGCUUAAAGCAACACAUGGGUAUCCAUACUGGUGAGCGGGAACUCAAAUGUGAUGCUUGUGGAAAACAGUUUGUCGAAGUAUGUGACCUCCGAAAACACAAACGUAGCCACGCUGGCGAACUGCUAUAUAAAUGCGAAAUAUGUGACAAAAAAUUUUCACUCAAAGUUCACCUCGUUCAGCAUAGUACCUCACAUGGUCAAGAUGUUAAUAAGACAAAACCGGAAGUGAAACGAGCAUAUGUUUGCAGCACUUGCGGAAUGUGUUUUCUUACUAACAGCAAUCUUCGACAGCACAAGCUCAUCCACACCGGGGUGAAACCGCACCGUUGUGAAAUAUGCGGUAAGGGAUUUACUCUCGGGCACCACCUCACGUAUCAUAUGCGUAUCCACACAGGCGAACGACCGAUCAAGUGCAGUCUUUGCUCAAAAACGUUUCUUAACGACAGCCAACUUACGCAACAUCUGCGAAGCCAUACCGACGAGCGACCAUUCGUUUGCGACGUGUGUGGCAAAGAGUUCAAAUUUAAGGAUCAUCUCAAGCACCACAGUAGGAUUCAUACCGGUGAACGGCCGUACAAGUGCGACAUAUGUGGGUACGAUUCAUCCAGAAGCUCGGAUUUGAAAAGGCACUUGAUGAAGCACAAACUAAAAGAAAACGAUUCCACGGAGGAACAGCAGGUCAGUGUGAAUUGUAUGAAGGUUGAAGACAUCGCAAAUAACGUAAUGGAGCAAGCAGCAAGUGACUUCAAAACGCCCAUCAGUGAACCUUCACAGCGAUCACUUAAAAUGGAACCUGGAGCCACCGAUGGAUAUCAAGAACCGCCAGAGCUAUUAGCUUUGAGGAAUAUGCUGGGAGAUGCCGAUGAGUCUGAAACUGACCAGGAUGAAGCGAAAGUUGAUCAGGAUGAGGCAACUAAAACUGACUAUGAUGAAGCGAAAACCGACCAGGAUGAAGCUAAAGUUCGCACUAAACCCUUGAACAAACCCAAGCGGCGCAAAAUAAAUUGCGAAAUAUGUAACAAAGAAUUAGCCUCAAAAGCCUACCUUCAUAAACAUAUGCUAAUUCACACCGGAGAACGGCCACAUCAAUGUGACCUGUGUGGUAAAAGCUUUACUAUCAAGAAAACAUUGCAACGACAUGCCUUUAUUCACAAUAAAGAGUUCCCGUUCAAGUGUGAUGUCUGUGGCAAAGGAUUUACGGAAAGAUCACUACUGAAGUACCAUUCCGGUGUUCAUUCGGAUGAGCUGAAUUACAAGUGUGAUGUAUGCGACAAGGCAUUUCGUAGUAUCUAUGUGUGGAAGCGGCACCUAGCUAUCCACCAGGAACGGACGAAUAAGUGCGAAGUAUGUGGGAAAGGAUUCAUCGGAAAGUAUGAUCUGCUGAAACACACUCGUGUUCAUACCGGAGAACGUCCCUAUAAAUGUGACUUCUGUGGCAAACAAUUUGUUGAAAGUUGUCACCUCUCGCGGCAUGAGAAAAUCCAUACUGGAAACCGACCGCACGAAUGCGACGUAUGUAAGAAAAAAUUCAUUGAAAAGACGCAACUACAAAUUCAUAUGAGGAGGCACACCGGUGAACGACCUUAUGGAUGCGAUAUUUGUAGCAAAUCGUUUAUUGAGAAGAUGGAACUACAAAUUCAUAUGAGAAGACACACGGGCGAGCGGCCGUAUGAAUGCGAGAUUUGUGGUAAAAAGUUCGUAUCAGCCAGCUUUCUCGUGAAACACAUUAAAUGUCAUGAUAACCCUCGGACACACGAGUGUGAUAUUUGUGGUAAAAAAUAUAUCCUGGCCAGCCAGUUAGACUCCCACAAACAUAUCCACUUUAACAACUGGUGUCACAUUUGUGACGAAAAAUUCAACUCGCAAGUGGAGCUUGUAAACCACAAACGUGCCGCGCAUAGUGACAACAAACGCUUCGAAUGCGAUAUAUGCGGAAGACGAUUAGUCACUAAACAUACGCUUCAGAAUCAUCGUCGGACCCAUACGGGUGAACGACCGUUUCGCUGUGAUGUAUGCGGGGAAUCAUUCAUCCGGAAAGAGCUACUUAAGAAGCAUUCAAAUGUGCAUAAUCAGAUGGAAAUUGUGGACGCAUUUAUGAAAGCAAACGGAGGACAGACGACUGAUCAACCAGAGCAACAAUUGGGCAGUCCAGAAGCCGAAGAGGAGGAUGUUGUGCUUGACGUAAAAGAGGAACCACUUUGUUAGCGGUUACUCCUGCCAUUAGAAGCGUUUGAAUACAUAUUUAUGCAGAAGGAAAAUAAUCUAAAACUCACAAAAUCAUGCAAUCUGGUAUUACAAACGAUGUUCGGUUUGAGAACUCGCUUUGAGGAAAGAGCUCAUAAUCGAUGUCGCUUAUGCUAUGCUUAUGCAAGGGCUAAAUAAUCUACAAAUUUGAGAUAUUCUAUCAAUAAAAAAUGAAUUCAGCACGUUUUCUUAAAAAGGGCGAUACUAGCAGUGACGUCAUUCUAAAGAAAUUAGCAGAAUACAUUCUAUUUAAGGUGUUGCAUACCUUCUUAUUUUUCAAAAAAUCGAAAUUUUUUAUUACUUUAUCUGAGAGUACAACUCCUUGAGAAUAUUUUCCAAUUUGUUUUUAUAUAGAUCCGAGAAAUAGAUCAAAAGAGUUUCAAGCACGCUUCGUGUACCAAGAGCUAGUGAUUACCGAAAAACUACUCAACCGAUUUUCUUUUCAAUUGAUCGCAAUUUAUUUUUCUCGUGCCUUAAUGAUUCCUUUUUUAUGCAUAAAUUUUUGUAGAUGAGAA